CCGAGUCAAUUUCCAAAUAACCCAACUUUCAUCGAAAAUGGUUGGAAUAACGAUAGAAUUAAUCAGAAAGCGUUCAGAACACAACGAAGGUGAGAUAUCAACCUUGGAAGAGUUAGCCCUACACCAAGAGAACAUUGAUAAAAUUCAAUUGAUAAACCGCGUGUGCAAAGAUCUGAGAAUUCUCCUUCUUCAAAAUAACCUCAUAUCAAAGCUCGAGAAUCUGAAUCGAUUGAAGCUUUUGGAAUAUCUCAAUCUUGCUCUCAAUAACAUUGAAGUGAUCGAGAACCUCGAGGGCCUUGAGAAUCUCAAAAAAUUGGACCUGACAGUGAAUUUUGUGGGUGAUUUGCGCAACAUUAAGAGGCUUCAGGUUAAUGAACAUCUAGAGGAACUAUUCCUAAUUGGGAAUCCAUGCGCGGACUACGAGGGCUAUAGGGACUACGUUGUCGCUGUUCUUCCCCAGCUGAAGGAAUUGGAUGGCAAAGAAAUAGCCAGAUCUCAUCGCAUAAAAGCUCUGCAAAAGUAUGCAGAGGUCGAGGGAGAUGUCAUCAGGGGCUACUGGAAUUAUAGGGAGAUAAGAGCUCGACAGUUAGAUCGCCAUCGGGAAAAAGGCCAAGUGACAAUCACGGAGAUUCACAAGGGGGAAAGUGACGACGAUGAGGCGGCCACUCAGGCAUUCUGGAAUAGUACCAGUUAUCAUACGCCUGAGGAUCGACGGGAAAUUGCCAACAAGGUACGCAAUAUUGAGGAGAGGAGAAAUAAAGGGGAUAAGCUGAAUGAAUCGCCAAAAUAUAUUCUAAAGCUGUUUAGUCCUGAAGGAAGAGCCUAUAAUGUUAACCAGGGGAGAAUUCCGUUUCGCUUAAAUGUUGAGGAUGAUCCGGUGUUUAUUACUCUCGAGAUAUCGACAUACAGACAUUUGGAUACAGCACUUAUAAAUGUCGAUGUUCAGCCAAACUACGUAAGAGUCGUCGUAAAAGGGAAAAUUCUGCAGUUAACAUUACCUUGCGAGAUAUUAACUGACAAAAGUAAAGCUGAGAGAAAUACAGUGACUGGAAAUCUGGUGAUAAGCAUGCCACGCAUGAGUCCCCUGACAAGUGUCGUGAAACGCUUGAAUAAUUCAAUCAAUAAAUCUCCAGGAGUUAAUCAAUCGUCAAAGGUCAUGAAAUCGUGUUAUACGAUCACAAAGCGUGAAUUAUUGGAAAUUGGUCCGCCUGCGAAUGACCUAGAUUUUUCGAAAAUCUACAGGGAUCCAAAGACAUUGAGACAGGUAGCAAUAAAAAACAAUUUAUCCGGAAAAAAAGUUGCCGAUAAUUUUGUUGAUGACCCCAACGUGCCACCCUUAGAAUAA